AUGGAAAAAUCCAAGAAUUUCCGCAUCGACGCGCUGCUGGCCGUGGACGCCCCGCGCGCGGCCCCGGCGCAGAGCGCGCCGCUGGCCCUGGUCACGUCCGGGCCGGCCGGCAGCCCCGCGGCCCCCGAGCCGCCCCCCGCGCCGCCCGCCGAGCGCCCGCGCGCGCGGAGCCCGUCCCCGCCGCGCCUGCUGCCCGCGCCCUGCGCGCUGCUGCCCAAGGCCGGCUUCGCGGGCGGCGGGGGGCCCGCGGGGGGCCUGGCGCUCGGGCUGCACCCGGGGGGCGCGCAGCCCGCGCUCUACGGACACCCGGUCUACGGCUACUCGGCCGCCGCCGCCGCGCUGGCCGGCCCGCACCCGGCGCUCGCCUACCCGUACCCGCAGGUGCCGGGCGCGCACCCCGCCGACCCCCUCAAGCUGGGCGCCGGCACCUUCCAGCUGGACCAGUGGCUGCGCGCGUCCACGGCGGGCAUGAUCCUGCCCAAGAUGCCCGACUUCAACUCCCAGGCGCAGUCCAACCUGCUGGGGAAAUGCCGCCGGCCGCGCACGGCCUUCACCAGCCAGCAGCUGCUGGAGCUGGAGCACCAGUUCAAGCUCAACAAAUACCUGUCUCGGCCCAAGCGCUUCGAGGUGGCCACGUCGCUGAUGCUCACGGAGACGCAGGUCAAGAUCUGGUUCCAGAACCGGCGCAUGAAGUGGAAGCGCAGCAAGAAGGCCAAGGAGCAGGCGGCGCAGGACGCCGAGAAGCAGAAGGCGGGCGCGGGCAAGGCGGGCGCCGAGGACAAGGGCGACGCGGAGCUGCUGGGGCCGCCGGCGCCCCUCGGGGACAAGGGCAGCGGCCGCCGCCUGCGGGACCUCAGGGACAGUGACCCCGACGAGGACGACGAGGACGACGACGACGACGAGGACGGUUUCCCCUAUGCGCACGGGGCCGCCGGCGCGCGCGCCGCCUCCGACGGCUCCUCGGGCUCCGACUCGCCGCCGCCGCCGCCGUCCGCGCAGUAG